AUGCCGCCUGCGCCACUGCUGCUGCUGCUGUUGCCUCCGUUGCCUGAAUCUGUACAACCUGAGCUUCUGCCCCUGCUGCUGGUGCUUCCAUCGCCAGGCCCUCUACUGCCUGGGCCUCUGCCGCUGCCACUGGUGCUUCCGACGCCAGAGGCUCUACCGCCUGGGCCUCUACCACUGCCGCUGGUGCCUCCGCAGCCCGAGUCUCUAACGCCUGGGCCUCUGCCGCUGCCGUUGGUGCCUCCACAGCCCGACCCUCUACCGCCUGGGCCUCUGCCGCUGUCGCAGGUGCCUCAGCCGCCAAAAUCUCUAACGCCUGGGCCGCUGCCGCUGUACAAUUGCCGCCUGGGCAUCUGUCGCUGA